GCGAGGAGUUUGCCAACGAAUUCAAAUUAGAGCUGCAAAAAUGAAAUUGUUCACUCUGCUGUUUGUCGCCCUCGCGCUGUUCGCCCUCAUCGAUGCUCGUCAUGUGUCCGGCCAUCGUUCCAGGAGUCAUCGCUACCAGCAACAGCAACAGCGUGCUCUCGUGGCUAAGCCACAUGUGCAACAGAGUCGCGUCUUUCCCGGUGCUGUGGCCAUCAAGAAACUGGUGCUGCUGAAGUUCAAGAAGAUCGUGCCGAUCUCGCUGAUUCUGCUCAAGUCGAAGAACGACAACGAAGCCGAACUGGUGCCCGUCUAUCCCACAGAUCAGAUACCCGAGAACGUGCAAUUCAUUCCCACACCCAACGGCAUCUCUGGCCACAAGGAUGUCCAGGCGAUCGCCAUUCCCAGCGAACUGCACGAUCAGCUGCAGAUCAAUGGGCUCUCGAACAUUGAGAACAUCGAGGCACUGCUGCAGGCCAGCUCGAUCAGCGGCGGCGAUGGCGUCGAGGGUGAUGAGAAUGCGGCCAGUGUUGGCAAUGCGAUUGUUGUGCCCCAGCUCGAGGAUGAGCCACUGCAGCAGAACGAGAACGAUGACACUCAGCUGCUAGAAGGUGGCGCAGCUCCAGCUCCAGUUCCAAUUGCUGCCUCCACGCGUCGUCUCUCCGCUGGCGAGCUGGUGCGUUCCGGUGUCCGCAACUCUGCGCAGCUGCAGCAGACGAGCGUUGAGGAGAUUCCCCUCCUGCUCUACUCGGCCACAGAUGACGCUGCCCCAGGCCAAGAGGUGUUUGGUGAGCGUCGCUUUGUGGCUGCCACGCCAGCGCGUCGUCGCCACCAUCAGCAAUUCUACCACUAA